CACUUGAAGGCAGCAGCAGAGCCGUCCACCGUCCGGGCGUCAGGAGGGGGAGAAGGAAGGAGAUGGCCGCCUAGGAGGCAACACUACCUCUGCUACUUCGCUGUUCUUUUUGACAUAACACAUCUUCUUCAAAGCUGAGAGUAAGGAGAGAGAGAGAGAGAGAGGACGGUUUUUUAUUUUUCUCCUCUUCCACGAUGGCGGAACAAAACAGCAGCGUCAGGUAUCAGGAGCUGGUGAACGAGGAGGAACCCGCCCAGUCCUCCCAGGAGGGUGCUGCCCAGGAUGCACCACCACCCUACAGCAGCAUCGCUGCAGCAAACGCAGCUUUCUUUGAAUACAAGGAAGAUGGAGGGAGAUUCCCCAACCCUCCAUCCUACAGCGUUGCCACCACUUUGCCCUCCUACGAUGAAGCUGAGAGAAGCAAAGAAGAGGCAGCCAUCCCCCUGGUCACUGGAAGAGUCACGGAGGACGACUUUGUUGCCAGGGAUGAUUUUGAAGAUGCUGACCAGCUGCGAAUAGGAAAUGACGGCAUCUUCAUGCUCACUUUCUUCAUGGCAUUCCUCUUCAACUGGAUCGGCUUCUUCUUGUCGUUCUGUUUGACCACAUCAGCCGCUGGUCGAUACGGGGCCAUCUCUGGCUUUGGCCUGUCCCUCAUCAAAUGGGUUCUUAUUGUCAGGUUUUCUACCUACUUCCCUGGUUACUUUGAUGGGCAGUACUGGUUGUGGUGGGUGUUUCUGGCCCUGGGCUUCAUGCUGUUCAUCAGAGGCUUUGUUAACUACUCCAGAGUGCGUAAACUCGCUGAUCCCACCUAUGCCACUCUUCCCCGAACAAGGGUACUCUUCAUCUAUUAGAGGAUGACGGAUGUGGAAGAACUGGACACGACCAACACAAGCAGCAGCAGCUCUGUGACGAGUUUCAAAUUUUUAAAGUGAAGACACUUAGUAAGAAAAUUGGCCAGACGAGUUGGAGACGAAGACGACUCGGUAAAAUAUUCAGGAAUUAUAUCACUUGUUUAAUUUUGUUUUUGAAACUUUAUUAAUGGAAAAUGGUUAUAACAGUAAUAGUCCCUUAAUGUACUCAUUAGUGGCGAAUGUUAAGUGCUAUUUACAUCUGUCUGUAACGUAUGAGUAAUGCCUUAUAUCAUUUGAUGGUAGCAUUCAAGCAUGCAUCUGCCCUUAAGGUCAAUAAAUAGGGAGAGUCUCAUGUUGGUGACACUUGAAGCCAACAGGUAUUAAUUAAUACAACAUUCUGUAGACUGCCAUAGCAUGCAACACACUUUAUAAUCUGCACUAAUCUCACCUCACGGUUUUAUUGUGAUUAUUAGAGGCUGUUUUUAGAUACCACAUACACUUAAAGAGCUUUGAGUAGACUGUAAAUGCUGAUAUACAGAUUACCACAUAUUUCACUCACCUGUUGGCUUUAAGUAGUGUUGCCCGUGUUUUUAACCAGGAGGGGGCAGUGUUGUCUGCUGCUUUUUAAGGCGUUAGAAACCGUUCAUUAAGGGCAUUGUCAUAACACAUUAUGCUUGUGAUUCAAAUACAGUGUCAGUGGAGCGCACCGAAUUUACAUCCAUGUGUGAGAAGUUAUUAUUUUACCUGUUAAAUGUUUUGUUGUGCAUUAAAUCAGGUAAAACUAUCCAACCUGGAAGCGGGAUUUGGGUUGUUAAUAUGAUCUUAAGAUGAGUGAGUUCAUUUAGUCGCAGUGAGGAAACCAGAUGACCACAAAUGUCAAGUGACAGCUGAUUUAACGGUGAAGGGAUCUGAUGUUUUUUUUGUGGCCGUGUGAGCUCAUUUUCUGGUUCAUGUCCUGCUUUUAAAAAGCUCAUUUCAAUGUAACAGCUCGACCUUUGCAUGACUCUUCAGGGAGUCAGCUGGGUCACAGUCUCAUUCUUCGUCAGCGCAAAAGCUCUGAUUAUAAAAAAUAAAAUAAAAAAGAGGCUUGGCUGUCUGGAUCUUACCCGUUAAUGAUCUCGCUCAGAUGUUUUUUAAUCAUCUCGGAGCAUUUAAAAAAAACUCAAAUUCAUUUUUCAGGUGGUUUUUUGCCUUAAGAUUUAAUUGACAGAUGGGAAUGGGGAAAACUUUUUUUUUUUUCUUUUUGAAAAUGAUUCAUAAUGUGUAAGAUGUUAGCUGUUGUAUGGGGUUUAAAAGCUAUAUCAAAGAAUGUUGUAUGCAGGUGCACUUUUAGAAACAUUACCAAUAAAACCCAGAGGAUGUUCCCAUCAUUUACUUUUUAAUCCCAGACAUAUAAAACAAGACAUUAACGAUGAAGUGGUGCAAGGAUUGUGUUUCUGUUUUAUACCGAGGAGGAAACAGCAUGUGAGGAUUCUUCUUUAGAGAUUUAACCACUGUUGUCAACAGAAGGAGUUAAUACGGAUUUUAGUCUGGUCCAAGCAAACUGAACGGUUUGCCUCAUCAGUUAACUUCAUACUUCUGCCAUGGCUUUGAUACAGACCCAUUAUGCUUAUUUCUAUGUGAUGUAGAGCUGCAACCUUGGGGUUUUGUUGAUAUGAAACUGUACAGAAACGUUUAGUGUUAAAUAAAUGUCACUUUUAAUG